UCCGAAGAAGCACUUAUUCACCUGCAAAUUGACGGUCCAGCCCAGGCUGACAAAUCUGGCACCGCCACCACACCACGCACCACCCAAAGGUCCCAAACGAGAAGGACGCGACCCCAGCCAGCAGCAUCUGCCAUCAUCCCAAGCCCAAGACGGGAACGGACCGCACGGAGGGACAGAGGACGAGUACUUGAAUGCUGUAUUCAAGUACUAUCCAGAGCAAUCGGCAACUGCACAGGUUGCCGAUUCCGCUGGAAAGGCGUUCUGGCGUAAUCCAGUGGAUGAUGUUGACGCACUUACCCCCCCGGCCUGCUGCAAUUCACUCUUGGCGGUGCACUGGCCACGGGCGGUGUUUUCCACAUGCAGUGCCCAAGUGUAAUAGAAUCAAGAUCUAAGCGUACAGCCAGAAUGGCUCGCAAAUAUAAAGACAAUAUUCGGGUGGUAUUGAGGGAUAUCGAUCAUCUGUCAUGGCUCUACAAUCUCAUUCAACAAUUCCAUCUCCACUCUGGUCUGACAAUUCUGAGCCUUUACACCCAGCUGAUUGAUCCUCCCUUUCAAGUGGAUCAUGGGGACUCAUCAAUAUCAUCUGAGUCAAUGUCACCGCGAGUCAGCAAACAUUCUAUUUGGGGUAGCCCAGCUACGAGUCGGCGAUGCUCGCCGGCGGUGUACCCUACCUGGAUGCCACUAAUGUCAGCGGCAAAGCACCAAGAGAGACCCAUAUCCGUAAAGGAUGUUAUAUGCUUAUCGUCUCGUAUCCUAACCGCCCAUCUAUCUACCAUCUAUGGCGAGAAGAAGCAUAAUGCAUUCGAGCAGCUUUUGCUGGAGGUUGCGGCUCGCUCGAUUGAAAUUAUUGCGCUGGACUGGGCCGGCAUAUCAUCCGACUUGAAUGGCUGCCUGCCAGAAGUCAUCAUCCCCGCAGUCCAGUGUAGGUGUUAUACGUACAAUCAUCCGCAAGACCCGACAAGACACUGCCAUCCUGCACAUAAACCAGAAGCAUGCCAGAUAACACUGUUCAUCACAGGAAAGUUCACCCGCCGCAGCGUGUGCUCUCCGUACAUCCACCUCCUUGCGGACGCCCGGUCCGUCAAAUAAAGGGCAGUACGACGCAAAGACCGACAGGGCAGAACUUUUCUUAGUCUGUCCCGCGGCAUCUCCUUUCUUGAUAUCCCUCAAUCUCCCUCAUUUAUGUGCAAACUACGAACAGAAUUGCACGUGUACCGAUAGUAAUCAUACCCUUUAGAUUUUGUAAAAGAAUGUCGUUCUGCGUUACUUAGAACAUACGUAGACACUAUUGCCUAUAAUAUAGGAUCAUCAUCAUCAUUCAACUGCG